AUGCCGUCAGCCAGCCCUGCCGCGCCGGUGCGCGAGGGGCGUCUGAUCGGGAGCGGGCUCCGCCCCGCCCCAUCCGCCCCAUCCGCGCCGCGCGCCGCCGCGCCACCCCGUCGCGCGCGCCGCCCGAACGCCAUCCCGCCCUCCCUUCUCAACGACCCGGAGCUGCUUUCCGACAUUGCCACGCUUCCCUCCAACUACAACUUCGAGCUCCCCAAGACGGUGCACCGUCUCCGCCAAGCGCGCGCGCAGCGCGUGGCCCUGCAGAUGCCGGAGGGGCUGCUGCACUUCGCCACCACCAUCUCGGACAUCCUGUGCCGCCACGCGGGCGUCGUCGACUCGAUUGUGCUCGCCGAUGUCACGUACGGCGCGUGCUGCGUGGACGACCUGUCCGCAAAAGCGUUGGGCUGCGACUUUUUGGUGCACUAUGGGCACUCAUGCCUCGUGCCCGUCACGCAGUGCGUGCUGCCCAUGCUGUAUGUUUUUGUGCACAUCGCGUUCGAGCCGGCGCACUUACUCGCGUGCGUGCGGGAGAACUUUGCUGUGGAGGAGAGCGUCGCGCUGCUGGGUACGAUCCAGUUUGUCGACACGCUGCACGCCGUGCGGGAGACUCUGGCGGCCGAAUAUCCGCGUCUGCUCGUGCCGCAGAAGCGACCGCUGUCGCCCGGCGAACUGCUAGGCUGCACGGCGCCGACGCUGCCGGCCGAUGUGGACGCGCUGCUGUACGUGGGGGACGGGCGGUUCCACCUGGAGAGCGUGAUGAUCGCCAACCCGCGCGUCAGGGCGUUCCGGUACGACCCGUACGAGAAGAAGCUGACGGAGGAGCGGUAUGCGCACGCGGAGAUGCGCGCGAUGCGGCAUGCAGCCGUGGAAGCGGCAAAGGGGGCGCAAAACUUCGCAAUCGUGCUGGGGACGCUCGGGAGGCAGGGCAGCCCGAAGAUCCUGGAGCGGCUCAGGGCCGCAGCAAGGGAGGCGGGGAAGACGGCAGUUGUCGUGCUGCUGUCCGAGAUUACGCCCGCAAAGGUCAAGAGGUUUGAAGAGGGCGGCGUGCACGCGUGGGUGCAGAUUGCCUGCCCGAGGUUGAGCAUUGACUGGGGGGAGGGGUAUGGGAAGAAGCCUUUCCAGCACACUGGCGGCCGCUCGAGCAUGCUGGGAAAGACCGAGUGGAGGGAGCAGUAUCCGAUGGACUUUUAUGCCAAGGAUGGGGGUGAGUGGACCAAUUAUUACAAGGAACCGUCAAAGAACAAAGUUGUGAAUAAGCCAAUUGCGAAGGCAACAGCGUGAGAGGGCAUAUUUAGGAAUUAACGCUUCUGCAUGAGGUCCUCGCGUCCUAGCGCAUUACUGGUGUAAAAAGACAAGAAGGGAGGUAGUAGGGCCUUUACAAAA